AUGAAGGCUACGGUCCUCCUCGCCGUCCUCGCCGUCCUCUCGGGCAGCGCAGACGCUGCAGUACACAAGAUGAAGCUCAAGAAGCUCGACCCCGUCGCCAGCCUCGGCCCCCACGGCAUCCCCCCUCACCUUGAGGCCGAGUUCCUCAAGCACAAGCACCUCGGCGGCUUUGAGGACGAUGCCAUGAACCAGGUGCCCUUCAUCUCCCGCGACAGCCUCAGGGGCAAGGGAGGUCGCAAGCACCACUCCCAGGAGGACGAGCGCUACUGGGCCCAGUUCUUCGACUCUGAGAAAUCGGUCGACGUCGCUGGCGGCCACGGUGUCCCCCUUUCCGACUACAUGAACGCCCAGUACUUUGCGCCCAUUACCAUCGGUACCCCCGGCCAGGAGUUCUCUGUCGUCCUCGACACUGGCUCGUCCAACCUCUGGGUCCCCGGCAAGUCGUGCUCGUCGAUCGCUUGCUUCCUUCACCGCAAGUACGACUCGGACCAGUCGUCGACCUACAAGGCCAACGGCUCCGAGUUUGCCAUCCGCUACGGCUCGGGUUCGCUCGAGGGCUUUGUCUCGCAGGACACCAUGACCAUUGGCGACCUUGCCAUCAAGAAGCAGGACUUUGCCGAGGCUACCAAGGAGCCCGGCCUCGCCUUUGCCUUUGGCAAGUUUGACGGUAUCCUCGGUCUCGGCUACGACACCAUCUCCGUCAACCGUAUUGUCCCGCCCUUCUACAACAUGAUCAACCAGGGCCUCAUCGACGACAAGGUCUUCGCCUUCCGCCUCGGAUCGUCCGACGACGACGGAGGCGAGGCUACCUUUGGCGGUAUCGACCACUCGGCGUACACCGGCAAGCUCUACUACAUUCCCGUCCGCCGCAAGGGCUACUGGGAGGUCGAGCUCGAGUCCAUCACCUUCGGCAAGGAUGAGCUGGAGCUCGAGGGCACCGGAGCUGCUAUCGACACGGGUACCAGCCUCAUCGUUUUGCCUACGGACGUCGCCGAGAUGCUUAACAAGGAGAUUGGCGCCGAAAAGUCGUGGAACGGCCAGUACACGGUCGACUGCGCCAAGGUCCCCAGCCUGCCUACCCUCUCGUUCAAGUUUGGCGGCAAGGACUUCCCCAUCAGCGCCGAAGACUACGUCCUCAACGCCGGCGGCACCUGUAUCUCGGCGUUCACCGGCAUGGACAUUCCCGCGCCCAUGGGACCCCUCUGGAUCAUCGGAGAUGCCUUCCUUCGUCGCUGGUACAGUGUUUAUGACCUCGAAAGGAACGCUGUUGGCCUCGCGCUUUCCAAGUAA